GUGUGGUUAUUCUGGAUUACUGGAGAGAAGGCCUUUGUCGGGAAAACUUAUGGAUGAACAGCAAGGAACUGGAGAUUAAAAUCUCUGAAAAAAUCUUCAAUGAUGAGAACAGUGGAUUUCUGUACUCUAGUAUCAUAGAUAAGCACCUGGUUGAUCAUUAUAUUCCUUUCCUACCUCUGGAGCUGAAGCAUGUGCGUCAGUGUGUCCUGGUUGAGAUGGCCCACCUGAACGUCCCCCAAGACUCUGAUCUGGCAGAUGAAGUGGCCGGAAACAUGCCUUACUUCCCUAAAGAAGAGAAAAUCUUUUCUCUUAAAGGCUGCAAGAGUGUCAGACAAAAGUUGGCGCUGCAUAUUGAUUCACAGCGGCCCAAGUUGUCCAGUUAGAUACACAGCUGAACAGCAAUGACCUUACACUACUCAUUUAUUUUUACUUAUUAGUAUUUCAGUCUUGAUGAGUUACAUAUCUUGAUGAUAUCUGGAGUCUGGACUAUUCUGCUUCUUGAUAAGUUAAGAUUGUCUCAGUAUAAAACAUUUUAAUCAAG